GGAUUAUGGAGACAGCGGGGAAGGUCGUCAAAUGUAAAGCUGCUGUAGCAUGGGAGGCAGGAAAACCCCUCUCAAUUGAAGAAGUUGAAGUGGCUCCCCCAAAAGCUCAUGAAGUUCGCAUUAAGAUAGUCUCCACUGCUGUGUGCCAUACAGAUGCCUACACAUUGAGUGGUGCUGAUCCAGAAGGAUGUUUCCCUGUAAUAUUGGGUCAUGAAGGAGCUGGCAUUGUGGAAAGUGUAGGAGAAGGUGUUACCAGAGUAAAACCAGGUGACAAAGUAAUACCCUUGUAUAUCCCACAGUGUGGUGAAUGCAAGUUCUGUUUGAAUCCCAAAACAAACCUGUGCCAGAAGAUAAGGAUUACUCAAGGCAAGGGGUUUAUGCCUGAUGGCAGCAGUAGGUUCACUUGCAAAGGACAACAGAUUUUCCACUUCAUGGGCACCAGCACUUUCUCUGAAUACACUGUUGUAGCAGAUAUCUCCGUUGCUAAAAUAGAUGACUCUGCUCCUCUGGACAAAGUCUGCUUGCUGGGCUGUGGAAUCUCAACUGGUUAUGGAGCUGUCAUUAACACAGCAAAGGUUGAACCUGGCUCUACAUGUGCUGUCUUUGGCUUAGGAGGGGUUGGUCUUGCAGUCAUUAUGGGCUGUAAAGUAGCCGGAGCUACUCGCAUUAUUGGCAUUGACCUUAACAAGGACAAGUUUGUAAAGGCAACAGAGUUUGGAGCUACAGAUUGUUUAAACCCAGCAGACUUCAAAAAACCUAUUCAGGAUGUGCUGAUUGAAAUGACUGAUGGAGGAGUCGACUAUUCCUUUGAGUGUAUUGGCAAUGUCGGUGUUAUGAGAGCUGCCCUGGAAGCGUGUCACAAAGGCUGGGGUACAAGUGUUAUAGUUGGUGUGGCAGCGUCUGGCCAGGAGAUUGCUACACGCCCAUUUCAACUUGUCACAGGGAGGGUUUGGAAAGGAACUGCAUUUGGAGGAUGGAAGAGUGUGGACAGCGUGCCAAAGCUGGUUUCUGAAUAUAUGGCAAAAAAGAUUAAGGUUGAUGAGUUUGUGACUCACACUUUACCCUUUAAUUCUAUCAAUGAAGCAUUUGAACUCAUGCAUGCAGGGAAGAGCAUUCGUGGUGUUUUGAAUUAUUAACAGUCUUUCUGAAGAAAUCCUUCACAAGAAACAUGAUGGAUCUCAUCUCCGUAGAUUAAUACAGAGCACUUAUUACUUAAUUAGAUACAAUCCCUGCCAGUGCAUUUGUUACAGAACUUGAUUGACAUAAAUUUACUAAAAAUUCUCUUACUGAUUUGACAGACUGUAGCUAAAUAGCUAAUAAAAUUAAGUAACAUUGUUUACUUGUUCAAUUUA